AUGAAUUUUAACAGAUAGGAAUUACUUAAUUUGUAAAAUAGAAUAUUUAAUCGUCCCAGGAGGUUGAAUUCUGUUUAUGUAGCACCAACCUUGGAUGAUAUUGGAAUCUUAGCAGAAUUGCCAAACAAUAAAGUCUCAAAUUUAGGAUUCAAGUAAUAAAGUGCAUUAAGAACUUAACUCAAAAAAUAUCGAAAUUUAUUUCUAUAUGACAAGAAGCUCUUUAGAAACAGAAGAGAAUCCAGAGAUUUCAAAGAAAAUGCAGAAAAUAAGGGAUCAAUUCACCAUAUCAAUAGUUCUAAGCAAUCCUCAUUGCCACUUUGGGAAGAUGAUAUGAAAAUCACCAAAUUGAGCAUUAUGAAAUCUGAAAUAUUGCGAAGCAAAAUUCCAGACAUCCCAAAACAUAUUAAUAAUUCCCAAUCCAAUUGUCCUAGGAGAUUAUCUCACAUCAACCCAGAACCAAUCUAAUUCAAAAACUUAGUAGUGUUACCCUCUAUUAGAGGCUGGGAUAACAACAACCAAAACUCUUAGAGAUCAAACUGA